CAGACCUUUUUAUAAGAAGAGCACAACAUGAGAAUACUUCUACUUGUAGCUGCCAUAGCUGCAGUAGCACAGGCCCAGACAGACUGCUCUCGGGGGGCUUGUUACCCACCCAGCAAUGACCUACUCCUGGGCAGGGCCCACCAGCUCCACGCCUCCUCCACCUGCGGCCUCACAGGCUCUGAGGUCUACUGCACCCCGUACCAACAGAGGAGGAUGAAGUGUUGUCCAUGUGACUCCAGGAACCCAAACAGUCAGCUGGCCCACACUGUCCAGGAUGUCCUGUCCACUUCUGAACCAGAUAGAUGGUGGCAAUCCAGGAAAGAACUGAAUCCAGUCAGUCUCCAGCUGGACCUCAACAGCCUGUUCCAGCUUGACAACCUGGUGCUGAGCUUCAAGGGUCCUCGUCCCAGUGCCUUUGUUAUAGAGAGGACGCUGGACCAUGGCAGGACGUGGCAGCCCGCUCUCCACCUGGCUACCAACUGUGCAACAGCAUUUCCUGGCAUCCCAACAGCAACUCCUCUCACCAUGGACCAAAAAUACUGCUACACACUGCCCCCUACUGGAGCAAACCCAUACCAAGAUCACACAAUCCAGUUCAGUCCUUUGCGUCAGUAUACUUAUGUCCAGGCUCCAAACAGCCAAAAAAUUGAAGAUGUGUCCGGGUUGACGGGGCUGAGGGUGAGGCUGACAGAGCUCGGCGAUGUGCCACAUCUCCCAGGCAGAGCUCUCAGUAGAUUUUAUGCCCUCAAGGAGAUGAGGGUGAUGGGUAGCUGCAUGUGCCACGGACACGCCAACCGAUGCCUGCCAGAGACCUACAGCAAGGUGAAUCCUCAGUGUGAAUGCCAGCAUAACACAGCAGGUGUGAACUGUGAGCGCUGUGCUGAUCUCUACAAUGAUCUGCCCUGGAGACCUGCAGAGGAAGGCAACACUCACACCUGCCAACGUAAGACUUCACCCACACCUGUCACACAUCUAGAAAAACAUAGAGGAAGCUUCUGUAACAAGGCUCAGACACCUUUGAGUUAA